AUGUUUCUCAAGAUGACUGAGAUUUCGCCUAUAAACACCGUCUUCUACGACGGCAACACCGGACGUCCACUCUAUAAAACUUCGACCCCAAAGCUUUUGGGCGGAACAACACACGUCAGUUGUGCGAUCGAGAGUCCCCUCACUUCCCCGGAGCACGGCGGAGCGGAGACUACUCAGUUUGCCCAUCUUGCGUCGAUCGACUUCCACGAAUAUCAUAUCAAGAAGCCAAGCGUUAUAACAUUUCGAGGGAAUGAGCGGGUGGUGAAUGAGUGGCUAAAGAAAGAGGGUGCAGGCAGAGGGUGGUGGGGUCCACAUCGCCCGUUCACCGCAGAGGAUGGGAAAGAUUACAAGUGGCUGUUGAAGGCAAACCACGUCGAGCUCAGAACCAACGAUGUUAGUGAGAUACUCGUGGCAUGUUUCCAUCCCCGCAAAGACAGGCUAUUUAAGAAAGGCAAAGAGCCAGCUGCCCUGGAAGUCAAAGAGGGCUACGAGGCAAUUCUUGACGAAAUUGUGGUGACUUUUGUUUUCCUCGAGCAGCUGCGCGGAAUCUACGAUCGUGGGGAAGAAGUGAUCUCGUAG